CAAGAAUUCCCUGGUGCUACCCUGAGAUGCAUAGUUGGCCAAGAAGGUCGGAAAAGAAGAGAAGAAAUAAUAGGAAAAUCUGCUAUAGAGUAAUAUCGAUCCUAUGUAGUUAUUUGACUUGUUCGAGAUAUUCCUCUCAUCUCUUGUAACCACAACUCCGUCUCCCGUCAGUCUGUUCUAUAUUGUUUGGCCCCCAAACAACGCCAGUACUUUGUUUGUAUGACAAGCUUACAAGGUGUGGUGCCAAUAGAUCCCCCGCCAUCAUCCAUAAUCUGGGGCAUCUGUCCUGUACGCCAGGCCAAAUAACAAGACCCUACCUUGCUCCGUGCUCUUCACCUAACCCUGCUGCUUGAAACAACUCAUAACUCAUCCCCGCCUAGCUGUCUUGAUCGUGGAACCUAGUCUCUCACCUAUAGGUCAUGAAUUGAGAAUCGGGGUUGUGGGGUUCGCGUUAUAGUCGUCGAUUUACAUCUUUUCAAGUUGUUACUCACGGGUUUCUGGAUGCGAUUGGGCUAAGCCAGGUAGACGAUGCUUCCUACAGGGUUGAGCUAGGUAGAGCGAUGCAUUAUUCCUUGGGGACGACGUCGAUGUUUGCCAGCGGUACAUCAAAAGCGUCACGGGUGACGGCAGGUAUCCGGUAUCUGAUACUCGUUACGGCCUGGGCGCGGUUCACGACACUUGGUGUAGCUCAGACAUUGCCGUAUAUUCCUACGAGUAUCUUCAUUCCAGAGUUGAAACCCGCGCCAGCCCAAGACAAUGCGACUACCAACGUGGCAUACAUAUUCUCGCCACAAGGAGGUUGGGUCAACCUGUUAGCGCUCAACUUUUCCGGAAACCUCCGAGCUUCAUCGUUGCCCUUCCAAACCUUGUCGUCAAAUGUACCCUUUCUUGAUACAAAUAACACGGCAUUCAUACCGUCGCUUGCGGACAAUGGAUCGCUCAUCGUCUACGCCGGCGACUGUUCAUCGCCAGCAAGUUCCGAAAUCUGGACGUUCAACCCGUCUCCUAACGACGAUGCGUCGUCGUCUUGGAUCAAAGCGAGCACUACGCUAGCGACUGAGGCAGAUGAUGUACAAGUAGGACCAAGCUUCUUGGGCACCGGCUUUAGCUUUUCAAACACUCUGGCGCCUGUGCUAUCACAGGCCAGCACUUAUGUUUAUGGAGGAAUGUGUCCCGAUGAGACCGCAAACGGAAGUACACCACAAGAAAAGGCCGCCUAUUCGAACCAGAUGGUUAAGAUUGCGUCAUCUACAACUGGUUCGGGGAAAUUUAUAGUCGGCCCAGUCUCUAAUAAUGGUCCUCCGGUGCCUGAGGCUGGGUUCACAUUCACCGGCUUAUCCCCUUCUGUCUCCAAUCGAUCAGGCAUAGUUACCCAACAAAUCAACUAUGUACUAUUAGGUGGUCAUACCGAGAACGCAUUUAUCAAUAUGAGCACCGUCGCAAUAUGGAGUUUACCGGAGGAAAGCUGGAGUUUCAUUUCCAACAUUAACGUAGGGAAUUCGAGUUCUGCCAACACCGAACUUGCGGUCAAAAGCAACGAUAUAGACACGAUAGACAGUCGAUCUGGCCACACAGCAGUACUAAGUGAAGACGGGACUUCUUUAAUCAUUCUUGGCGGUUGGGUUGGUGACUUAACUCAAGCUGCUACACCACAACUGGCUAUUCUCAACAUCGGAGCUAGCUACGGCGGGAAUGGGGAGUGGCAGUGGUCUAUUCCUGAUGUUCAACCACCAGGUCCGGGAUUAUAUGGACAUGGUGCUGCACUACUACCUGGAAACAUUAUGAUGGUCUACGGAGGCUACAACAUAUCAUCAUCUGGAACCACAACUAAGAGACAAGCCUCUAGCGGUGACAGUAUGCCGAUGUUCCUCAACCUCACAUCAAUGAGCUGGUCUAGCGAUUAUACAAACCCGACAUUCGCUGGGACGGAUCCGGGCGGUGACUCGAUUAGUGGCGAUAGCGAUGUUGGUACACGCUUAGGAAUUGGACUAGGCAUCGGCUUAGGUUGCGUAGCUAUUAUCAUUGCCAUCCUACUAUUCCUUUUAUACCGCCGCCGGAAACGCCACAGGCGUACGAUCCGGGACUCCGCCAUCCGCGCACUCGCCCAAGACACCUCUCGAUUCCUGCCCCACGACGACGAAAUGACAGAGCAAGAUCACCCUGGCGGAAUUUGGUAUACAGGUGGCCCAGAUCCGUAUCUGCGGGGGAACCGCUCGUUCGGCUACCAGAGCCUGCAGACAGCCCGUACCAGCUUAGACAACGGCCAACAAUCGUGGUACGGCGGCAUGUCCCCAGCGCAGGUAGCAAGGAAGCCGCUGUCCCGCCGAAAUACGUAUGAUCCGCCAUCGAGUGGGAUCCACCCCAUUAUUGAAGCAGAUGAAGACGGCUCGCUUCACGACGGUGACAUUACAAGCGAGCCCGUUAGCCCUCUGCGGGACAUGAAUACCGAUGGUAGACAUGACUCCGACCCGUUCCUCACGCCGACGCAAGAGAAUCAGAUUUCGUUCCCACCCUCCAACCGUGCCUCAAUAACGCCCAGCCCCGAAGAGCGCCGUCUCACCACGGACCCGGAGGUCCAGGACUGGAUGACCGAUGUUGAGGCCAUGGAUGCGUUACUAAACAGUCGCAGCGCGGCGCGCAUAUCAGCAGCUUCCGGGCAGAUAUCCCCAACGAGACGGGGCCCCGAUGACUCGCGAACAGAAAGCAACGUCUCCGAGUCCAACCGCAGUAACCUAGGUGUGAGUCGCUCGGACUCGGUGCGCUCAGUCCUCCGCACCGGAUUCGGCAUUGCAGCCGCCGCCUUAGGGGCUACAAGCGACGAAGGGCGCGGGGGAAGCAGCAGUUCGAGCUCGGCGCCUAGUUACAACACUGCUAAGAGUAGUUUCGCAGCGCUCCAAGCCGAGGGACCGGCUUUGCUUAUGGGGAAAAACCGGGACGAUGACGAGACGCCGGGAAGCCCGAGCAAGAACAAGCCGCGGCGCAACUGGCUCGGCAGUCUGCGCCGCGCGUUCAACGGCCCCAGCCCAUCCGAGACACCCGAUAGAGAGAGGCCUGCCGACGAUAGCUUCGCGGACGCAAACGAUUACGAUAUGCGGCGCAGUGGUCUGAGCGAUAUUGCGGCUGGAGGGUUGCUGCGCAGGAAGAGCGGGAGAGGGGACUGGGAGGGCAUGGAGCAGAGGUACAGCGAGAAAGGUAAAGGCAGGGGUACAACAAGUGCGAAUACCCAGGAGCGCGCCACGGCGGAAGAAGAAGACGAGGAGUGGGAUAUCGAAAAGGCCGUCGAGAGACGGCUCGUGCAAGUCAUGUUCACGGUGCCUAGGGAGCCCCUGCGCGUGGUCAACGCCGAGCCCGACACGGAGAGCGGCAAGGACGUCAUGGUUGUGAGUCCGGAGGUAAAUCGGGAACAGGACAUAACAGAAAGUCGUGGCGCGCCCGUUACGAUAGAAGAGCAGGAUCUUGGUACUCCGCUCCCAAGCUCAAAUGAGGACGACACAAGUCUAGCCGAAGCUCGAGAAGCCGAAGCUCGAGAAGCCGAAGCUCGAGAAGCUGAGAAGCAGAUCCUGCGCGAAGUAGGCGAGGAGCUGGAGGCCGAGUGGAAGCGCGUUACGGAUAGGGGCAGACAGCCAAACACCCCGAUACAUCGUACGCCCACGUCGUUACGAGAGGAGGGCGUGCGUCUACUAGGCGUGGAGCCGGGCAGCGGGUCCCGGAAGAGGAAGCCAUCGCGGUCACCAGUGGUGGACCCGGACGGCGAUGUGUUUUCCGCACAAGUAGUGCGGCUGGAGCGGCCGCGGACACGGGUCCUAGCUAUGGUGGAAAGCCUCGAGAGUCUGCAUAAGAGCCAGGAGAACAGCCCCGCUGUGUCCCCCAUGCGGUGACAUGGCGUUGUCUAGUGUCCAGCACCUGGUAUAAACUGUAUGUACCUAAGUUACUUACUGUACGCGCAACCUCGGGAUUAGGAGUCGGGAACGAACGGAGUUAUCACUCGUCAGGGCAUAGCGGACCAUCGUUUGGCAAAGGCGUUGUUGGGUUGGAAUCGCGUUGUGUUGUUUUACUUUACUGGGCUAGGAAUGGACGCAUCGAAUAUUCCCCCUGGGUACGGGGACUGGAAGGAAGUAGAGAUAGGUCUACGUACAUGUAUUGCGAUGUGUUGUCGCGAAUAGAAUUCGUUUACUGAAGAAAAUACCCGUUUUAGUUUAUCAUA